AAAUAAUCGAUUCUUCGUCUCAGUAUGGGAUAGAGAAAUUUUGUUCUUGAUUUUCUUCUUUUUCCGUUCCGCUUCUUUCGUCUUGCUACUUCGCGAAUCGCGAUUGUUCCUUCUCCAGUUCAUCGUUCACGAUGACUCGUACCUCUGAUCCACCGUCGUCGCCGCCGCAGCCGGAGCUGCAACAGCUCGUUCCUCCGCCGCAGCCGCUUGUUCCUCCGCCGCAGCCGCUCGUUCCUCCGCCGGUGCCGGAAUUUCAAGAUCCAAAUAGUCCGUUCUAUAUGCAUGGCGAGAAGGGAGAUCUCACUCGUAUUUCAGAUUUAUGGGAGGAGAUUUACGCUAUGAAGCAAGGUACUUCGUCUGUGACUGAAUUUCACACAAGGUUCAAAGUAGUUUGGGAUGAAUUUCUUGCUUGCACUCCCAUUCUUUCUUGUCGAUGUACUCCGCGUUGUUCAUGUGGUAUGGCUGCUCGGCUACGAGACUAUCAAUUGGCACAUCAGGUCGUGCAAUUCUUGCGUGGUCUGAACGAGUCCUUCGAGCCUCUUCGUUCUCAGAUUCUCAUGGCGAGUCCCUUGCCUCCUCUGAACGAGGUCUUCUCGUUAGUCUACCAACAUGAACAGGAGAUGGCUCAUCCUGGCUCUCUGGCUACCGUUCUUGCUGCUAAUGCAGUUUCCUCUACUCCAUCACAAGCAGACCUACUUGCUAUGGCUGCUCGUUUCGUUCGGACGGCUGGUGCUACUGGUAAUUCUGGCAAGCAAUCCAACCAGCAACGACAAAGGCUCAUCUGCCCUCACUGUGGAGGUAAGGGGCAUACCAUCGGUGGAGGGGUCAAUGCUGUUGUUUCCGAUCCUGAGACUGGUGAUGGUGACGAUAGUCAGAAGCUUCUGCCUUCUACUUCAUCCACCCCUCCUUCAUCCUCCGCUCCCCUUUCUCCAGCCACCCCUCCUCCUUCAUCCUCCGCUCCUCCUUCUCCUUCUGGUUCACUCUUUACCCAGCCCUCCAUCCUCAGCAGUUCUCCCAAACAAGAAUCUGCCCAGGCCAAGAGUGAAGAGUGUUCUGUGUUGUUUGAAAGAGAACCCCUUGAUCUCAAGAAAGAGUUUGUCUCUGGUGGCUUGCUGCCAGACUUCUAUGACGCGAAUGAGAACAGAAUUGUCAGCACUUCAACAGAAAAGCUGAACAACUUUCUAAAGAAUGUUGAAGAGAAUAAAUCGUUGAACGGGGAGGGGCUUGGAUAUAGGAGGAUUGGAGAGCUGAUUGACCAAGGAGAAGAAGCCGAAGAAGCACAAUCUUUCAAAGAGGGUGACGAAUCCUCUUCUAUUCUGAAGGAUGAAGCAAAGAUAUUCUUUGUUUCUGGAGGUUUGCUCUCGGUCUCAGAAACCACACCUAUUCAUUCUGAUCACAACGUUGAAGAUUACAUCAGCAGUUUGCUAGCAAGGAGGUCUGUCAACAGAGAAGGCCUGGGGUACAGAACGGAAAGAAGGGAAAGAGAGAAGGAAGAGGAUACGGAAGAAAGACCCGCUUCAAAAGGGCAUGUGGGAAAGACCAUUCCUGGCUUUGUUUGUGGCGGUUUCCUGGUAAACACACAAGAAGAGAAGGUGGACACUUGUUUGGACAAUUCAGACCACAAGGCAGAAGAUUACAUCAACUAUUUGCUAGCAGGGAGGUCUAUCGAUAGGGAAGGCUUGGGGUACGGAAAGGAAAGGAGCGAAAGAGAGAAGAAAGUGGAGACUGAAGAAGCAUCCAAUUCUUCAAUGAAGCAGAUGGAAAAGACGAUUCCCGGCUUUGUUUCUGGCGGUUUCCUGACAAACACACAAGAAGAGAGCCUGGACGAUUGUUUGGACAAUUCUGAUCACAAGGUGGUAGAUCACUUCAACUGUUUGCUAGCAGGGAGGUCUGUCAACAGGGAAGGCUUGGGGUACGGAAAGGAAAGUAGGGAAAGUGAGAAGAAAGUGGAGACUGAAGAAGAGUCUACUACUGCUGCUUUGAAGGAACAAGAAGGGAAGGGGUUGCUAUAGGUAGCUUGGAGGGCACAUUGUCCACGGAGAAGAACCCAGAGAGUAGUCAGCACUCAGCAGCUCCUUUUGGACCGGUUAACUAGCCACCUGUUAGGAAUUUUGCUCGGGAACCAUAAUCAAGCCAGCCACUUUUGACACUUUGGUGAUAUUAACGUGUAUAGUUAGACAUACAGGAAUGGCAGCUUUUGGAAUCAUUGGGUAAAUCAAGCCAUUUUGACACUUUGGUGGUAGUUACUUGUAUAGAUAGACAGCGUCACAGUCACAGCUCAGAGUCACAGGGGUGUAUAUAGGAAUUCGUUGUAGUGAAUUUUGUUUGUAGUUCAUGAAUGAUUGAUUUGUGGAGUCAUUGAAUAAUGCGGAUUGGUCACUUGUCUCUCUCACUACUCCCCACAAUCCAUAUUUGGGAAUGUGGCUUACUAUACACUUAGGCGUAUUAUACACUUGCUUUAUGGCUUACUCAUUGGAGAAUUAUAUGGGAUCAUCAGGUUAAUGGAUUCAUUGGUGUCUUGAGCGAAUGUGGUGAUUGGAUGGACCUGAAUGAAUGUCUACAAGUGUUGCAAGAUUAGUAGUUGAGCUAACUACAGAUUUUGUGGUGUAUGAGGUACAAUAGCACAAGGUCUGAUUGCUAUAUCUAGGGCCGCUUUAAAUGUUUAUGGUGAAAGAUGACCUUUUACUACGAAGAGAAGGUAGUUCAUGUUCCAACUUUGCUAUGCCAUGACCGUUAACAAAAGCUAGGACCAGGCAGGCUCUCGAUGGAGGUGGACUGUUCUUGCCCAAACCUGGUUUUUGUUACAGCAGCUGUAUGUCAGCAUUUCUUGGGUGUAAUUAGUUGACAGCCGUCAGUUCUUCAUACAAGAUUAUGACAUUGUGUCCUACAGAAUGUACCAAAAAAUACGCUACAGAGAGCUUUAUGUUGAUUUGUACCUGCAAGGUAACUUUUCAUCCAACUGUCUUUCAUUGUAAACCUCGAUGCUUAUGAAACUUUUUUGAUGUUCAUACCAAAUUAUUCUGUAGUGACAGGUUCUGAUGUCCCAGCCC